GUGCGCAGGCGCUUGCCCCGCUGAUGACGUGUAGCUUUGGUCCGCUCAAUCCUUCUGGCCGUCCGCAUCAUCCAGCCUGGCGUUGGAGGGCUUAGGAGUAGUGUGUGUCGCGUGCAGGGUUUUUUCAGCUCACUAGUAUGGGCAUCCAAGGAUUAAUGAGCUAUGUGAUGGAACAUCAAGAGUUCUUUGUUGACCUACAGUUGAGGAACACAGAUGUAGUAAUUGAUGGCAAUAACCUGUACCACCGUCUUUACUUUGACUCAGAUCUGGACAUGAGGCAUGGUGGGGAUUAUAAUUCUUUUACGGAUAUUAUAUGUAAGUUUUUUGAAGCAUUAAUUUUGUGCAACAUACAGCCUUAUGUUGUGCUAGAUGGAGGGUGUGAUGCAUCUGACAAAAAGCUGAUAACUAUAAAGGAAAGAGCUCGAGAGAAGAUUCAAGCAGCUCAUUCUCUCUCAUGUGGUGGUAGAGGAAGCGUAUUGCCUUUGCUUGUCAGAGAGGUCUUUAAGCAGAUCUUGACUAAAUUACAAGUCCCUUUUGUCCAGUCUUUUUCAGAAGCAGACCGGGACAUUGUGUCAUUAGCCAAUCACUUGAAUUGUCCUGUAUUAACUUUAGAUAGUGACUUCUGCAUUUUUGACCUCAAAGCAGGCUAUUGUCCUCUGAAUUAUUUUCAAUGGCGAAACCUUUGCACGUGCAAAGACUCAAAAGACUGCUACAUCCCAGCAAGGUGCUUCUCAUUAGAAAGAUUUUGUAAGCAUUUCAGCAAUAUGAACAAAAGUCUCCUACCUCUUUUUGCAGUGAUGAAUGGCAAUGAUUACAUUAAUCUUCCAGCUAUAGAAAAGUUCUUUAGCAAAGUACACCUUCCCAUUGGAAGCUCCCAGCAGAAGGGUCGAAAGCACACUCGUAUUCAGGGACUGCUGAACUGGCUAUCUCGUUUUGCUGAUCCUGCUGAGGCUGUAGAAAAUGUACUGACAUAUCUUAAAAAGCAUGAGAAAGAGGAAACACGACAAUUUCUGUCUACUUUUAUGGAGGAAUAUGAACCAUCCAGUGUCAAUCUCAAAGAUUUUUUUCAGCAUGGAAUUUAUGAAGCUGAGGAAGCAAAGAAAUUAGAAUUACCUCAAUGGAUUCUUACUGCUUUAGCUAAAGGCCUUCUAGCACCAUUCAUCAGUGAUGCACUGGUAUUAAGAAGAACAAUCCUUCAUGCUCAGGUGGAAAAUAUGCAAAGGCCUAGUGCCCACUCUACAGCACUGCCAAUUCGACAAGUUAUCUACAGGCUACUUCUGAAUGUUUCACAGCAUUCACUCAGCACAUCCCCAGGCAAGCAACCCACUCGAUCUGCUCCUGUUUUCCAUGAAUUUGACAGAAUCCAAAAAGCACUCAAGAAAUCACUUGUUCAGGUAGCAGCAUUGUCUGAAAAAUGUUGUGACCAAUAUUCUCUGGCUACGUUAAAUGAGGUUUCCAUGUCAGACCGGCAGCUAUUUUUCUUGGAGACAUUAGGAGUGACAGCUAGUAUGCUUGAACCCAUUCCUUGCCUACUGAAGCUCCCUAUGGCUGUAACCUGUUACUGGGCACAGCAUUCAGAACCAAAAAUAAAGUUACCACACAUGAAAGCUUUACUACUUGGAGUGGUAUUUGGUGAAUUAGACAAGAUACUGCAUAGUUCAGAUUCCGAGGUUCCACAUCUUGAGAUCAAUAAAAUUGUGUAUGAACAGUUCUUGGAAUGGGGAAAAAAGUCUCCAAAGGAAGCAUUUGAAUUAGAUACUGCACACAUCUUCUGCCAAUGGCAGUGCUGCCUUCAAAUGGGAUUGUAUCUCAACCAGCUGCUCUGUACUCCUCUCCCUGAGCCAGAUCUGACACGACUUUACAAUGGGACCCUUGUGCAUAGACUACACCAUCAGCUUAAAUCAGGACCCACACCAGAAAAUCUGCUCAGCACAUCUCCAAGGAUGUACCAGCUUUAUUGCAACAUGGUUCAUGUAGUGAAAGAUGCAAUGCCACUAGGCUUCUUCCAGAAAAAAUCCAAAUCACAAAGGAAAAAAAACAAGCACGCUACUUAAUUAGUAGCAUGGAGAAAAGAUAAGAAUACCAGAGAAUAGGACAGAACAACCGAGCCAGAAAAUAGGCCCAACAGGCAAAAUGCAUUCCUCCGCAAGGCAAAGCAACAACCUAGAGUACAAAAAGCAGGCCAGUUGGAUAAGAAAAAUGAGGUCAGCUACAUGAAGGAUGAGAUUGAAUAUCUUCUUCCCAACAACCUACAAUGGACUUCUACAGUAACUUCUAUCUUCAGGUUGGUAUGAGAAAGCAUUCAAAGACUGAGAUGUGCUCAAGAUGUUCUCUUCUUACCAGUAGGCUAGUGGUUGACUUUGCUUGGGAAGGACCUUACUCUGAAGAAUUCAUUUACCAAAGACAGCCUACACUGAAGUAAAUUGUUUAGCCUUGAGUGACCUGAAAAAAAUGUUUGGUGUGGCCUACAUUGCCACCCUGCAAAUAUCUGUCAGAAGUGCACUGGUGGGGAAAGUGGCCAAAAUGGCUGCAUAUCACAUGGAGGAAUGGUUAAGUUGUGUGGGCCACAGGAGAUGAUGUGAAGCAUAUAGUUACAAUAUAGUCUUCAGCAUUCAGAUACUUACUGAGAUUCCCAACAGCAUCCACCAGACCUCUCUGUAUGACUGCCCCAGACAAUCCUUCUCUGUACCUUCCCCAGCUCUUGCCCAUGAUUUUCCUCCACUGCUUACCUCACCUCACCUCAGAGCUGCCAAGGCCCAAAGAUGUGACUGUAAAUGAAGGAAGUAAAAGGGGGAAAACCCAAGCAAGAACUGAGAAGGUAUACUGGGGGCGGGAGAGAGUGAGGUAACCAAGGAUGAAUAGGAGCAAAAAAGGAAAGAAUCCAGGGGAAGGUGACGGGAAAGUGGAAAGUCAGGCAAGCUGGGGCAAGAAGAUGUGCCUGCAGGUCUGAAAACAAAUGGCAAAUGUGUCCUGAGACUCAAAAAAUUUAACAAGGGUUGAUCUGAGCUUGGGAAGUGGAAUAGAAAAACAGAAAUAGUGAGUCAUUGCACCUGAAAGAUUUGAUUCUACUUAUCUAGAUUCCGAGUUUCCCCAUGCACAUCCAGCUUGUGCCACACUACCUAUGAAAGGUGUGAAGAGUUAGAGCAUAAGGAAAGCAGUGCAAGAUCCUAAGGGCAGUGAAACAAGAAGUUAAUCUUUGAUAGAGAAGAAGGUUCGAGGUGCAGAAUGCUCAUUCUCAGUCUUACACUGAGAGGUCCCUCAUUUGUAAGACUGAACCAUAUGUGAUAGGAGCCAGAGCAGGAUGGUGCAUCAUGGCUCAAACAGAGACUUUCUCAAUGUCUUGAGGACAAUAAGUAGUCUACAGGAGGGAAAUCAGUACACCUCUAGUGAGUCUAGGAGUAUUGUGGGUUGGAACAACAUUUCAGAUGGGAGUUGGAUGCCCCUUUGCACAGAUAGGAAUGUCCGCACAGAAUGAAGGUAAGUACUGGGAGGCUGACCCUUGCCAAGUUUUGCUUUCAGGAGAGUCAACAAGUCUCUGAUGCCAGCCUUUUACAAUAGAUGGGUUUUCUCUUGCACUAUCAAGAGAAGACUUUUCUAAGUGGUGCCAUAACAUGCACAGCCCAUAGACUCCAGGAGACAGAAUGGUGCUUAGAAUAGCUCUGAAGAAACAGUUGCAUUUGUAUAAUUUAGUUAGGUCUUUACAUAAGGUAUUGUGGUCAAGGUCCUGAUUUAUUUAGAACUUCUUUGAUGCAAAGGAAGAAGGCCCAUAUGAAAAAAGAUGAUGUGGAGGAGACUCUAAUAAAAUGUCACCCUGUGGACUUUUUGGAAGACUGUAUCAGAUCUUCUCCCUGCUGGAUCCCUGAGGGGUGUCCCCUCUGCAGGGGUUAGAGCACCCUACAAAACGGUCAUCACAGGAACAUCCACUAGGAACUUAUAGGUCAUCUAACAGGACAGAUUUUCAGCUACUCUGAUCCAUCCCACUUUCUAUGUUGGAGUAGACUGUUGCAUUCAGUGUUCACUAGUUUAUCAUGGUGAAGAUUUUCAGUUUAGCACAUUAUCUUCCAGGAAAACUGAUGUUCAUCUGUAAGAGGCCUCUGAGAUACAGACAAGAGGCUGUAGAUCAUUGGACUGUGAAGCUGAUUGCAAUUGGAGAGAUAAUAUUGCCUUGGAAACUAAGGGGAGAAAAAUGUAUUAAACAAUAUAUUUAAGGAAAAAUUUCAGUUUGCGCAGAAUCUGACAAUUUUCUCUCCUCACCAGAAUUGUCAUACAGAAUGCUUAGAUUGAAUGCUUACAACAUUUUUGCCUCUACUGUUCCAAAGGGUUCCCUUGAGUGAUAAGGUAGGGUGACUAGGCAAAUCUUGGUUAGACUCAUCCAAACAAUAAACACCUCUUUCUUGGCUUUGGCCUUAGUCCUGUCUGAAUUCCCUUUAUUGUUUCCCUUAGGUCUCAAAGAACAAGGCAGUGGAGAACUCAAAAGGGACCCAAACUCUAGCUCUCUUUUGGCAGACAGAUAACUGUUCCCAUUGCAACAGUUGGUUGGUAAUUUUGCAUUCCAGCCCUUUUCAUUUUGUGAUAGCAAUGAAUGUGUUGCCAUACUGCCUAGCAGCCAAUGUUCUCUGAUCAUUUCACAAAGAAAUAGAAAACAUACGUAAAUGAAUAUUUAGAAACUUUUAACACCGAAAUUUUAAAGCCACUUAAACAGCUAAAAACAAUUACAAUGAGAUAGUAGGACCUAAUUAAAAACAACUGCCAUCCAUAUCCAAUCAUAUUUCAUCAAUGCCAGGGAACAGAGAACAGUCUAACCUGGCACUGAAAAGAUGCCAGUGUUGCCUGGCACCAGGAGGACUUCAGUGGGAGAUGGUUGUUGGGGGUGGAAGUGGAACUAAUGACAAAAAAUCUCUCUCCAUUGUUGCUACUUUCCAAGCAUUCCUUACAGGGAGCACUCUGAGCAAGGCCUAGGAUGCUGACCAGUGUAUGCAAGCAGGUUCAUACCAGGAGAGGUGCUCUACCAAGUGCUGUGUUUCCAAGCUGUGUAAGUCUUAAUAGAUCAAAACCAACAUCUUGAAGAGGCCAUGAAAACAUACAGGCAGCCAGCACAAGUAGUCCAGAAUUGGUGUUCUAUUGCAGAACUUCUUGUCCCUGUAAUCAAUCUGGCUGCCACAGCUUCUGGAUAGCUACUAAAAAGUCUCUGUCGAUGCAUGGUUCUUCCUGCUUGAGAGGCUCUAGAUCAAUAUGGAAGUCAGGCUGGGUGGCAGCAUGACCAUACUGUAAACAAACUCGGACUGCAGAAGAGUGGUGAUCUGAAAUCAAUCAUGUGUGAGCAAUGUCUUUCUUUUUCAGGUUUGCAAACUUGGCUGCAGAAAAAGAAUCCAUGUUCACCAUAUCCAAGCAGAUAGAGUAUAGUGGAUAGUACAAGAAAAGGCUUCCUCCCCACCCUUUUUGACUGAAGUCAGAAAAUGAAGUCAGUCAGAUUCAGAGUUGAAAAGGAUUACUUUAGGGAUUUUAGAAUAUAGAAAAGAUGGGCUCUGAGAGUAGUAACUGUCCUGGACAAAAGCAAGGAAUAAAACUAGAAGAUCAGGACUUCCUUCAAAGAUCACAAAUUCUAUGAUACUGGCUUUCCUACAUAGUAAGAGAAGUUAAGCCACUUCAAAUGCUUCCUCUCAACAACACAAGAAACACUGCUUGUAAAGCCCGUUUCAAUAAAAGUAGUAUAAAAUGUGAUUGAUAAAAACAUGUAUUAACAGAUUUUGGUUAUUCUUACCUAAUGUUUCAACGAUCGGCAAUUUCU